AUGUCUUCCAAGAAGAACAGAAAACGACUGAAUCGAAGCGCAGAGAAUGGUUCAACCUCACCCUCUUCUGCUUCCUCUUUUUCGGGGCCCUCGGCUCCUCCUGGGCCAGGCACCGCGGCGGCGGCUGGGACUCUGGUGGUGACCAACUUUUUAGAAAAGGUAGAUGACAGAGUUCCUAAAACAUUCCAAAAUUCCCUUGUUGAACUUGGACUCAACACUAUGAAAUCUGCAAAUAUAUGUAUAGGUCGACCAGUGUUGCUUACCAGUUUGGAUGGAAAACAAGAGGUCUAUACAGCCUGGCCUGUGGCAGGAUUUCCUGGAGGCAAGGUUGGCCUGAGUGAAAUGGCGCAAAAGAAUGUGGGCGUGAGCGUUGGUGAUGCCAUUCAAGUCCAGCCUCUAUUGGGUGCUGUGCUUCAGGCUGAGGAAAUGGAUGUGACACUCAGUGACCAAAAUGUGGAUAUUAAUGAAGAACAACUGACUGGUUGUCUUCUGAGAAAACUAGAUGGCAAGAUUGUUUUACCAGGCAACUUUUUGUAUUGUACAUUCUAUGGACGACCAUGCAAGUUGCAAGUGUUGAGAGUGAAAGGGACAGAUGGCAUGAUAUUGAGAAGGCCUCAGAAUGACACUGAUGCUCAAGGAAUGGCCUGUGAACAGUCCAACAUAGACACCAGUACCCUGGAUGUAGCCUUACAGCUGAGCCAGUUAGAUCUGGAAGAGCCUCGGGAUCCAACAUCAAGCAGUACUCCUUGCAAACCAGUAGAUGACAGAAUGAUAAAUGAAGCUAGUGACAUUUUUUCAGAUGUUACACAGAUUCCUAGGGACAACAGUGGACUUGAACUAGCAGAGAUCACAGGACUUAAAUGUAGUUUUGAAUUGGCCAAAGGAGGAAAUGAGCAACUUGUUAAUGAAGAGAGAUUGCUAAAGUCAGCCUAUGUGGGAACAAAGCACAACACUGAUACUUUUUAUUUUAUUUCUUCAACAACGAGAGUGAAUUUUACAAAGAUUUGUACAAAUUCAGAAGAGCAAGACAACCAAUUCAAAGUAACUUACGACAUGAUAGGAGGCUUAAAUAGUCAGCUGAAAACAAUUAGAGAAAUAAUUGAAUUGCCUCUCAAGCAGCCUGAACUUUUCAAGAGUUACGGAAUUCCUCCACCUAGAGGAGUGUUACUCUAUGGCCCUCCAGGUACUGGGAAGACCAUGAUUGCUAGGGCUGUUGCUAAUGAAGUCGGAGCCUAUGUUUCUGUAAUUAAUGGUCCUGAAAUUAUAAGCAAAUUCUAUGGGGAGACAGAAGCAAGGCUACGUCAGAUAUUUGCUGAAGCCACUCUACGGCACCCAUCAAUUAUUUUUAUUGAUGAGCUGGAUGCACUUUGUCCUAAAAGAGAAGGGGCUCAGAAUGAAGUGGAAAAAAGAGUGGUAGCAUCACUGUUAACACUGAUGGAUGGUAUUGGUUCAGAAGGAAGUGAAGGACAAGUGUUGGUCCUUGGGGCCACAAAUCGCCCUCAUGCCUUAGAUGCUGCACUUCGAAGACCUGGACGAUUUGAUAAAGAGAUUGAGAUUGGAGUUCCUAAUGCUGAGGAUCGGCUAGAUAUCCUCCAGAAACUUCUUCGAACUGUACCCCAUUUGCUCACUGAAGCUGAGCUGCUACAGCUGGCAAAUAGUGCUCAUGGGUACGUUGGAGCAGACUUGAAAGCUUUGUGUAAUGAAGCAGGUCUCUAUGCCUUACGGAGAGUCUUGAAGAAACAGCCUAAUCUCUCUGAUAGCAAGAUGGCUGGGGUGGUGAAGAUUACUCUGAAUGAUUUCUUACAAGGGAUGAAUGACGUCAGGCCCAGUGCUAUGAGGGAAGUAGCAAUCGAUGUACCAAAUGUAUCCUGGUCAGAUAUAGGAGGACUGGAAAAUAUCAAACUAAAAUUGAAACAGGCUGUGGAAUGGCCUUUGAAACAUCCAGAGUCUUUCAUUCGAAUGGGUAUUCAACCACCUAAAGGAGUUCUUCUGUAUGGGCCACCUGGAUGCUCUAAAACAAUGAUUGCAAAGGCUUUAGCCAAUGAGAGUGGCCUGAAUUUCCUAGCUAUAAAGGGGCCUGAAUUAAUGAAUAAAUAUGUUGGUGAAUCUGAAAGGGCUGUUAGAGAGAUCUUCCGAAAAGCGAGAGCAGUGGCUCCUUCCAUUAUUUUCUUUGAUGAACUUGAUGCCUUAGCAGUUGAAAGGGGCAGUUCUUCAGGUGCUGGGAAUGUAGCUGACCGUGUUCUGGCUCAGCUCUUAACGGAAAUGGAUGGUAUUGAACAGUUAAAGAACGUGACAAUUUUGGCCGCUACUAACCGCCCAGAUAGGAUAGACAAGGCUUUGAUGCGGCCUGGAAGAAUUGAUAGAAUCAUCUAUGUGCCGUUACCAGAUGCAGCAACAAGAAGGGAAAUAUUUAACCUGCAGUUUCAUUCUAUGCCAGUCGGUAAUGACGUUGAUCUGGCUGAACUCAUCCUCCAAACUGAUACAUAUUCAGGAGCAGAGAUUAUAGCUGUCUGUAGAGAGGCGGCUCUUCUGGCUCUGGAAGAAGACAUUCAAGCCAACCACAUUAUGAGAAGACAUUUUACUCAAGCCUUGAGCACUGUGACACCCAGAAUUCCUAAAUCAUUGAGACGUUUCUAUGAAGAGUAUCAGGAGAAGAGCGGGCUACAUACACUCUGA